AUGGUGAAGAAAACGAUGAGAAAAUCAGGAAGGGUCCAGCGAUGGUGUGGUUACCAAGAGUAUACAAGUUAUUUUUCAUGCUUUCUCAUGGUUUGGACAAGAUGGAGAAAAGGUGAAAUCAGUUACGUUUUUUUUACAGAUGUUGUGAAGUUUAACAGAGGUUUUAGAGUGUUGUGGGUAGUAGUAGCAGUUGGCUUUAUGACAGCAGGACCACAUCAGGUUUUGGAGGUUUAUGAAGCAGGCUUAGGACAGGUUUCUAGCAACAAGGUGCAGAGGCAGCAUCUAGACUUUGGAGAAACAAAGUGCAGGUUUUUGGAGUGUUUUGCUUGGAGCUCUGUGGGUUUUUGUUUGGUUAUGAAAAAUGAUGAUGGUGAUGUAUGCAAGCUAGAAAAUGACAAGACUUGGUUUUCUCAUGAAGAUGGUCACAGAGUGCUUUUAUGGAAAGUAUUAUCUAGCAUAAGUUUAUGA